CCGCUUUUGUGUGGCAGCAGGAGGAGAUUCCAGUUGAACUGAACCAGUGCGUAACAAUAAAAUGGAAAUAGUUUUUGCUUAAAUCCAAAUGUAAAUGAGUAUGUGAAAUAAACACAAUAAUAACCGAAUAAUAAUGAAAUUAAUGCAUGGUGUAAUAUCCAUGUGCCGUUUCAACAGUUUAUUUUUAAGGAGGAAAGCAGCGCUUCGCUGCUCUCUUUUCAACAUGCGCCGCCACGCAUUUUUUGGGUGUUAAAUGCUCGUGUAUCUGUCGGUUUUUGCGCGCUUAGUGCGGCAGCAUUACACGUCCUUUGCGACGCACACACACGAAAUCUUCGUUAGUUUCUCGCGCGUGCUAUCCGACCGUUCCCGUAAAACCCGACUCCCGGCUACAGUGUGCAAAUCAUUUAAUUUAUGACAAAAAUAUAUUUUUAUACGCAUAUUCGCAUCCCUACGUUUCGUUGCCAUUCGUUUGCCCAGCCAUCCAUCGUUAAUUUGUCAGGCAAACGCUUUGUACUUCAGAGUUAUCAACAUUCCCUGCAGCGUCAAAGUAGCGGCGGCAGACCAGCGACAGAAGACCAGCAGUGGUAGCGACAGCUACAACAACAAGGAGCUUUUCCUGGCUAAAGUUUCACCUUUUGUGGGCUUCACACACACACACACACACCAAUACACCGAGACACACAAACACACACAUUCGAGGCCACAGGAUGUCUUUUUGUGUAUCCUAGAGUUAUUUUGAAACCUGCAGAAGAAGCAGCAGCUAACACGCGCUUGUUUUGGCUCUUUUAACGUCGACGGCGACGCCUGGCUUUUCUUAUGAGCGUACAUAUGUAUGUAUGUAUGUAUGCAUAGUACAAGGAGGAAUACGAGUCGCCGGUUGCAAAUAGCAGAGGAUUGAAGGAGCUGUCAGAGGGAGAAUAAAAGGGAAGCAGAAGAUGCGCGCGCUCAUAAAAAUUCACAUUGAAAGCGACACCAGCAACAACAAACCAAACGGAAAUACCCAACUACAACAUCAAAACGCAAUUGGUUAACCAUGGAAAAGGCGUAACUUCCAACUGCUGACCCGGGCCAUAUAACUUUAGAUGAACGCGCCACUGUCCCACAAUUUCGUUGUUCACCUGCAAAAGCUGCCACGCCCAUGACGAACCUCCCCCCAAACUCAGAAAACGACUCGAAAAGCAAAAAAAGCAAAAGCAAACUUAAAAGCAACAUCAGUGAUAUGGAAAUGUACAUAAAAAAAAGGGCGAAAAGGUCGAAAAAAUCAAAAAAUGAAACAGCUGAGAGUUCAAUGCAGAAGCAGCAGCAUAGCAACAAAGACACCAAUUAUCAAAAGAAAUGCCACCAAAAUCAAACGAAAACUCAAGGAAAGCAAACACACAACAAGAGCAAAAGCAGCAACACCAAAAUCAGCAUCAAAAGCAGCAUGGGCUGCAGCAACAACAACAACAACCAAAGAGAUCGAGACCACCUGAAAAAGCAACAACAAAACCAACGAACAAAACCUAAAACAAAAGCCACAUCAUCAAACGGUAGCUGCGAUGCCAACAGAAGCAGCGUCGUCAAAAGCAACAAAGUCAACGCCAACAGCAACGUCAGCAGCCACGCCACAAACAACAACAAAAAUUGCUGCACACAAUUAAACACGCUCUAUUUGCUGCUGGUGCUCUUAAUAGUUGGCUUCGCCCACCACUCAGCCACUGCCUCCCCCUACGAGAGCAGGCGUGAUGCUCUUUUGGCCUACUAUAAACGCGCUCACCUUCAGCAGCAGAGUGCCGCCCGCGGGGGUGUCGCUGUCGCUGCAUCCACCACCUAUGAGGGGGGACCGUCAACGUCCCAGGAGGAGUACCAUUUACACGAUGCCUCCGCUGUGGAUUUUGAUGAGCUAACGCCCACCGUCAGCGUUGUCUCUGCUCUGAGCCGGGCCGAACGUUUGCGUAAGCGAAGCGCAAUCCCCACAACGUCAUCAACUGCCAGCACAACAGUAACUGCAGCGGAAGCAGCAGCAAUAACAACAGAAGAGGCUGCAGCGGAGGCAGCCAGCAGCAAAAAGCCGGAAGACAAAUGUGAUCCAAAAGUAUUGGAAAUGGUACCCGAUGAGCCGUUUUACGACUUUACCGACAUUGCCGAGGAUGCCGCUCGCCAGUUUAUUGAAUUUCUAUCGAAUAAAUUCCCAAAUGCCAACACACCGAUGGCCAUCGACGAGUCGACACGUGCGGAGGUGAGCCGUCGGGCCAACAGUAUCGCCAGCUACGCCCUAAACGACGAUGAGAAUCUCCUAGCCUUUGCCAUAGCCGCGCCGAGCAUACACACGGUAGUCGUAAAAUUCAGGGAUAAUAUCACGAUACCACCGGAUCAGGUGCAUAAUAAGGCGUUUUUGGGUUCCUACUGGCGUGAAUUGGGUGCGGCCUGGAACAGCAGCGAUGGUACCCAGGAGUGGGGCGCCCCUUUUCGCGACUGCAACCUGUUGACGCGCCGGUGGCUGUGGCCAUUUCGCAUAUCAUUCACAGAGCAUAGAAUCAAAAUUGUGGCAGCUGCCUUUAUUGCGGCCGAUGAGGAUGUGUGCAACGAUGGCCUGGAGGAGGUGUUUGGGCGUCGUCAUGGGUGUGAUCGAAAUACUACUUUCUGCCUUCUCACGGAGAACAAGCCGGCGGCCACGCGGGAUGUGUACACGUGUCUCUGCCGGGAGUCCUUCUAUCUGCCAAACUCUACGCUGCAGGGCUUCCGAGGCGAUAUUGUGGAGUUGUCCGAGGGCUACGACAAUUACUCGUGCAUUCCGUGUCCGGGAGGUUGCACAAACUGCGAUCAGCACGGAGUGUGCCUUAACUUCCAUGAGGAGGAAGCCCUCAAUAUGGAUGCCUGUCUGCGUCUGCUGGUGGCCAUUGUCCUGGGCGCCUGUAUCCUGUGCUGUGUGGUCUUAGGUGUGAUUGUCUUCAGACAGAGAAAGAGCAAGGCCAUUGCCUCCGGCAUGUGGACUGUGCUGGAGACGAUACUGCUAGGAAUUGUUUUACUCUAUGCAUCUGUUGCCGUCCAUUUCUUUCCCGCCUCCACUGAGCGUUGCCUGCUGGAGCCCUGGCUGCGGGAACUGGGAUUCAUCACCUGCUACGGCGCCAUCAUACUGAAGCUGUACCGACAUCUGGUGGACUUUAGGACACGGAAGGCCCACCGCUGGGUGCUGCGGGACGUGGAUCUGCUCAAGUAUCUGGGAGCUAUGGUGUUCGCUGUGGUGUGCUACAUGUCCGCUUUUACGGCCUCAUCGCUGGACCUGCUAGAGAACGCCCAGCUGGAGAGUCUGCGAGAGGCGAGCACCAACACCUGCCAUCCGCUCAAGUGGGAGCUGGUGACGCAGACUAGCGAGAUACUCAUCCUGUGCUUUGGCCUGCACCUCUCCAUUGCUAGUCGCAAUGCCAACACUCAGUUCCGGGAACGACAAUUUCUGGUCACCGCCCUUACGCUGGAGUUCCUCGUCUCUUCCAGCUUCUACUUUCUGCGCUUUGUCUACCUCCCGGAAAUGAGUCCUAGCGCCAUACUUCUGGCCCUCUUUGUGCGCUCCCAGCUGACAAACAGCUUUGCCCUGGGUCUGAUAUUUGUGCCAAAACUGUGGUAUCAGCACAAGCAGGUUCGUUCGCUAGCGUAUGAUCUAUCAAUACGUUUACCUGUGGAUGCUUUCAAGGGUGCUUCACACGAUGCCGGCCAGCGUUUGGGCGGAGGCUAUGCGGGCCUUUGCCUGGGUGACCCCGACAUCGGUGAGCUGACCAUAUCCGAAAUGAGCCCCGAAGAUAUACGUGCUGAACUCAAAAGACUGUACACACAACUUGAGAUAAUGAAGAACAAGACCUUGAGACAGGACAAUCCGCACAUCAGCAAACGACGCGGUGGACGCAAGGCGGGUCAUCGUCGCUUCUCAUUGCAGAAAAAGGGCAGCAAGGAUAAGGCUCUAAGUGCCAAACACCGCAGCAACAAACAUCAUCAGGACAUUGAGAUCACCGAAGCGGAACCAUCCCGUACACCUGAGGACUCUGUAUGCAGUGCCGAGGGGCCGACGGAUACCUAUGCGGAAAUAUCGGGCGUGUCGCAUUCAAUGCUCUCCCAUUCGAUGGUCUCGCAGUCUAUUGUCUCUCACUCGAAGUAAGGAACCCACGAUUGUGGGAGAAGGAACUACUCCUCAACGAUACUCCAGCGACAAGAAGGAUUUGUAUAUAAGUAUUAAAGGAUACGAUAGUACAUGUUUGUAUGUGUAGAUAUCUAUAUGUAUGUAUAUGUAUGGGAGUAUUAGGAUGCAGUAUGGGUAAUAUAUAGCGCCACAACACAAACAAUAAAAGGAUUACUUUAAUUUCGAAAUGAAAAAAAAAACAAAACCAACAAAAAGCAAACAUGAACAAAGGCAAACACAAACAGCCAAACAAUAAAAAAUUUACUUUAUUUAAAAAAAAUGUUCAAUACACGUGUUUUUAUGUUGUUUUUUUGUAGCAUAGGCCCAUAUAUCGAACAUUUACCAAAUAAAAUAAGUAUUGAGAAGAGAAAUGGGAAGAGAAAGGAAAAGAAAGAACAGAUGUGUUUUUUACAAUAUAAAUACACUUUUAGAUGAUUUUACGUUGUUAAUUUCUCUCAAUUUGAUUUCGAACAAAGUUGUACGAAAUAGAGCGAUUAAACAGAGCCCACCUGUGUAGGUAAACGAUAAAACUGCUUUUAAAACCAAACAAAAAAUCGAAAUGAAACUAAUUAUUGAUAAACCCAUUCCUACUACACACUUUUGAGUUUACAUCUAAGUUCCUCAACAGUUACUAAUACUCGAUGCAUUUUCCACUUAUUUUGAAUCCGACAGAAUGAACACUAUACUCGUAAAAUAUCCUAACCAAACCAUCUCUCUUUAAAUGAUAGGGAAUAUUAGAAAGAGAGCACAGCGAAAGUAAUUUUUAAAAAACAGUGAAUAAUCAGUUGUAAAUUUGAGCUUAUAGGCAUUAAAAUCUAGAAAUGAAAUCCCCUCAUAACUAUCGUACACUUUACAUCAUACUAAUUACCUACUAAUAUAUAUUUGUAUUAUAUAUUGUAUUCUUGUAAUUCCAACAUUUCCCAUCCAAAGCCAAACGGGGUAAACUUUUUGUAAAUACUAAGUGCAGCAAUGUACGAAAGAGAAGCGUGCCAUACUUAAGAGAGGCCGAAACAUACAUAUACAUAUAUGUAUUUGUUAACUUUGUAUGGCAGUUUUAGAAAAAAAUCGAAAAGAUCCGGAAAGAAGUGGGUAAUGCUUAAUAGAUGCUUAAGUACAUUUUUGCAUCGUAACUAUCCGAACAAAUUCUGUCUCAAGUAUAAUUCCCAUUUGCAGUUGAUUUCCCAAAUUUUAUAUCCACUCUCAUGGAAUAUUUAAUAUCCAUUGUUUUCGAAGGCAGUAGGAGCUUUGAAAAAAAGGAUAUAAACCAAAUGUGAAUACAUUUCAAAUGUACGCAAUACAUUUUUGAAUACGCUCGUUAGAAUGUCUUGGGGUGAACAAGUCCAUAGAAAACAUAUAGUACAGUUAUGGGCAUUUAUAUGGGGUAUAUGAACCUAUAUCUAUAUACACAUAUAUAAAGAAUAUAUACAUACAUAUAGCGAGUAAAACAUGGCAAAUGGUUAAAUUAGGUAAACAUUCAACAUGCAUACAAAAAAUUGAGCAUUUAAAACAAAUUAUAGAAAACCCCAACAUGAAAUAAAUUGAUGAAAAACAUAAGCCAACUCUUUGAUUGCGUUUGAUCAAACGUGUGUGUGUAAAAAAUAUAAAUGACAUAUACAUAAAUAUAUAACUACUUAUAUUAUAUAUAAAUAUAUAUACAUAUAUGAUGUAAUCAGCAUUACAAUAAAAACCAAAACCGAGGAGAGGCAUACUAAAUUAGUUGCCCAGCGCAAACAAAACUACAACUCAGAAAAAAAUCAAAAAAUACCCAAAAAAAAUUUGAAAAACCGAAAACAUUUUGGAAGUGUGAUAGUGUUCAUAAUUUUCUUUCAUUGUAAUUAAAACAGAAAAAACCAACAAACAAACUAAAUAAACUAAACUAAAUGAUC